AUGACAACUCUUUCUGGAGGUGACCUUAUCCAGGUCAUUGACUAUGAUGGGGAGAUGACAGCUGAUUUGGAGAAAUGGAUAAAAGAUCAAGGAAUGACAGACUUAGGAUUUCAAUUUAAUGUUGUCACCAUCUUAGGAUCACAGAGCAGCGGGAAAACAUUGGCUGAUUGUCUAAUUAUGAAUAUUUCAACUUCUGCACUCGGCUGUCAUACCUCUUCUGGAUUUGGUCUACUUAAGACUGUUAUGGAAGCCCAUUUAGAAUUAUUUAUUUCACAGGAUAAGAUGAUGAUGUUAGUGGUGGUGGUGGUGGUGGUGGUGGUGGUGGUGUUGGUGCUGGUGUUUGUAAUGAUGGUGAUGAUGGUUGUGGUUGGAGUUGUUGGUGUUGCUGUGGUUGGGGUGUUGCUGCUGCUGAUGGUGCCUGAAGCAGCAGCAAACGCAACAGCAGCAGAUUUCUUUACUGUUGAGGUGAUGGGUUUGGCUCACAAACUCCUUGCCCCUCAGGAGUUCGAGAAGGACGUCAUUCGCCUUAGAAACAGGUGCAACACCAACACGAGCAACAGUAGCAGCAGCAGCAGCAGCAGCAGCAGCAGCACGACUAACACAGACACAAUUAAGCAGCAGUCUCAUUUGGAUAUCCCUAAUCAAAAAGAAAUGCUUGCAAUAUAUCGCUGUCAAGAUUUAAAGCAGCAGGCGCUGCAGGCAGCAGCAGCACGUGCUGCUGCUGUGCAGCAUCAGUACUUGAGACCUGCAGCAGCAGAUGCAGCAGCAAUACGAGAGGAACUCAUUAAUAUUGCCAAUGAUGCCAUCGAACAGUACCUGUCGCAGGCUACGCGCUAUCAACAAAAGAUUUGCAUUAGCAUUAAAGCGGAACUAAUUGAAGGCCUUGUUGGUCUCUUCAAGCCCAUUGUGGAGGCGCAACUGUCGGAGGCUCGGGAGAGAAUAGCAAACAAGCACAAAGACGAACUAAGGGAGGCGUACAACUAUUCUCCACGGGACGUGUGUGGAAAGGGAGAUGCGAUGCUCGAGUUGUGGGCUUCUUUCCGCAAGAGAAGUGCCGCUGCAAUAGAAGCAGCAGAAGAAGAGUUUAGGGAGUUUAGCGAGAGCUGCAAUAUUUCUUUAGAGAGUGGCGAAGUUUUGGAGUUUUGCUCAAAAAUUUUUGCUGCAUCUUUGCGACAGGAGAUGCAACAAGAGGCAAAUACAAUUCGCGAGAAACAACAGGCUGCUCUCGAGCAAGCAAUAGAGGAGAAGUGCGAUGAAGGCUUCGUAGGCUUGGACGCGCUCCUCACAGCACGCGACUUUUCUCCUGAGCGUUUUUGGGAGUUGUGCCGAGGUCGUGCUGCAGCAUCAGCGACACUGUGCGCCACUUAUUUUGCUGCUGCUGCUAAGGGCUGCAGCAGCGAGACCGAGGAGGGUGACUCAGCAGCAGCAGCUACAGCAGCGUUUGCAGUUCGCUGCCGUAAAAUCGCCUUGUGGCAGCUGCGGAAGUGCUUGGAGAAGCUCGGGGGUUGUCUGCAUAUUUACAUCAUUGAGAGAUUCAAUUGUUUCUUCUCCUUUGAUGAAGAAGAACAACCGCGGCGUUGGGAGUUGCUGUCAGUGGAGAGUCUCGAUAAAUUUUUCUUGAGUGCCAAGUCCCAGGCAUUAUUGCUGAUUCCGACAUUGCGAGAGGUGCAGCUGAGACGGCUAAGUGUGCUGCAUUCAACAUUGGAGGACAAAGAUCUAACCGACGAGCAGGAUAUUGCAGCAGCAGCAGGAGGAAAGGAGGAGUCUAAUCAUGCAAUGCCUGCUGCUUUCUACAGGCCUUUGAUAGAUUCAAUAUCUGCUCAGGCUAUUCAAAGAAAAGCUGUAGCAACAAUGCAGCAGCAGUGUCGCGAGGCACAACUGCUGCAGCAGCGCUGCAGCAACAGAGCAUCGUGGAGGGCAGUGCCUCUGUGGGGUUGGGUGCUGCUGCUGUGUCUUGGAUGGGACGAGCUAGGCAUGGUUUUAUCCUUUGUUAGCAGCAGCUGGUUGGUGCUCCCGCUGCUGGUACUGCUGCUGGUGUUCGGUGCUGCAGUCUUCCUUAGUGGCCAGUUCGGCUUUGCCACUCACAGCGCUAAGCAAGCAGCACAACUGCUACGGCUGCUGCUGCAGCCGCUUCUCCAUGGAUUGCUAAGAAAAGCAACUGACAUGAUGGAUCCUAGUGGGUUAGUGGGGCGAGGUGUAUCCGUGCCGCCGCCGCGAACGGAGAGCAAGGUCCCAGGAGACAUGCACAAGCAGCGAGAAGUCGCUGAAUUGAGAGAGAAAGUUGCUCAACACGCUGAUCCCAAGACCAGCACAACUUGA